AUGACAGGGGAGACCGAUAUCGACAUUCCCGAAAAAGGAGCCAUCUUCACUUUUGGAAAGAGCAAUUUUGCUGAUAAUGUUCAAAGUAAAUUCUGGCUGAAAAACGACCAUGCUGUGAAAAUAGCUUGUGGGGAAGACCACACUGCUGUCAUCACAGAUAAAGGAAGACUGUUAAUGUUGGGUUGUAAUGACUGGGGCCAACUGGGACUGGGACAGCAGAGAGCUGCUUUCACACCAACCUUUGUUAAAGCUUCCAAGUCAGAGAGGGUGAAGCUUGUAGCGUGUGGAAGGGAUCACACCAUCAUCUGUACCUGGUGUGGGAGUGUGUACGUCACAGGACGCAACCAGAAGGGCCAACUGGGCCUGGGUCACCGUGACGACACCACACUCUUUCAGCUGAUGCCGCCGUUCUGUGACCACGCACCUAUCAAGAUGCUUUCUGCAGGCUGUAGCACCUCUGCCGCCUUGACAGAGGACGGUAGGGUGUUUGUGUGGGGGGACAACUCGGUGGGCCAAAUCGGUCUGGGGGCGGAGCGCUUCGCCCUGGAGCCCAGUGAACUCUCUGUGGGGCCACCGGUGAUAUGGGUGUCCUGUGGUGGCCACCACUCUGCCUUAGUCACAGCCAAUGGAGAUCUGUACACAUUCGGUGAGAGUGCCAACGGAAGACUGGGUCUUUACCCGGAGCAACUGACCAAUCACAGAGAGCCACAGCGGGUGCUGGCCAUUCCAGAGCCGGUCAUUCAGGUGUCCUGCGGAGGAGAACACACCGUGGUCCUGGCUGAGGAGGAGGUGUACACGUUUGGCCGAGGUCAGUACGGCCAGCUUGGCCAGGGAACCUUCCUGUUUGCCGCGGAUUUGCCCAAAGCGCUGCAGCUCUUCCACCACGGCGGCGUCUGCCAGGUCACAUGUGGACAGGCCCACACGGCUCUCAUCACCAACAAUGGGCUGCUUUACACGUUCGGCGAUGGUCGCCAUGGGCGACUGGGGUUAGGGGAGGAAGACUUCAUUAACCAGUUCCAUCCCACUCUCUGCACGCGCUUCCUUCAGUUCAGCGUUCACCAAGUGACCUGCGGUGGUAAUCACAUGCUGGUGCUUGCGACAACUAGACCUCCAGAUUGUGAGGUAGUGGAGAUGGCCAAGGAGGCUGGCGUUGGUGAUUAUCACUUGGAGCUGAAUUACAAGGAAUUACUCCUGCAGGAUCUUGAUCUUCCCAUCUUCUCUCGCUCGGCCCGUGCUCGUCGCAGAGACAGGAUUGCAGCCAAGAAGCCACAUUAUCUUAGAUUAACGCGACCCAACACCGACCUUCCUGGCAGGCAGAGCCCGCCGCCCAGCCCGGCCAAGAUCCCCCGCCGCCACAAACAAUCAGCGACAGACUACAUCAACGCCCGCCAAACGGAGGAAGAGAACCGCUGUGUCCGGGAGCUUCCUUCCCCUCCACUAAUGGUGGGCGUGGCAGGCGUGGCAGCGGGCCUCCUGGGAGCAGCUGUAACCAGCGUGAGCGCUUUCCAAUCGGACAGCGACACCGCCACCUCUCCGCCUUCCAGCAGCAGACCCGUUCGAGCGGAGAGCUUCAUCAAGCAAAGGGCCGUCGUCCAAGAGUCCCUUUCCUCCACACAUUCGUCUUUGAGAUCUGAUCCAAACUCAGCCGACGAACCGGAGGCCGAGGGAAUCAGAAACCAGGAAAAGGAAGAUGAUGGGAUUGUCGAAAAGGGUACAUUAGUUGAACAUCUAGGCGGUUCCAAGGCGGAAGAGAGGAGCGAGAGCAGCCUUUUUGAGUCAGAGUGUUCCCAACUCAAAGGAACAGAGGCUUCAGGUGGAGAGACGAGGGAAGAAACGGAGAACGUGGGGGAAGACCGUGAACGUGUCUGGGAGGGGGAGGAGGAGAGUUCAAGGGAAGAAGCAGAGAGCGACAGCAGCACAGAGGGAGACGAUGGUGACGAAGACGCCGAGGAGAAAAGGGAGGAGAGGGCUGCGGCGCAGGAGAGGAGCGAUACCGGGGGCAGUGUUGACAGUGAGGAAGAGGAUGGUGAGAGAAGUGGGGCGGAACAAAGCCGGGAAGGCGAUCAGAGUGGUGGCAGGAGCGACGACAAAGGUACAGACAUCAGCCCCGAUGAGGAGGAGGGAGAGGCGAAGGAGGGAGAACCACAAAGUACAAGAGGCAGCCGGGAGCCGGGUGGAGUGGGGCAGGGAGAGGAGCGGGAGGUGGAAGGGGAGAGGGGAUCAGAGUCGAGUGAGCGAGGGGAAGAAAGCAGUGUGAGUUUAGAAGAGGGAACUGAAACGGACUCGGGGGGCGAGGCAGAAAGCAAGAGUAAAAUCUCAGGGGAGGAAGAGGAAGACACAAGAGCAGGUGAUGAAGCUGGUGCGCCGCUGCAGUCCUCUGUUCCCCUCUGA